AUGAGCGAAUCUGUAGUUCAUAACGAGAAAACUUUCCGAUUCAAACAGAAAGAUACCAACCGUUCAGUCACUGAUCAAGUAGAGAUAUGGGAUGUUGAGAAAGCCGGUGAUCAAAAAUCUGUUUUCAGCAUUCUUGGUUAUUAUGAUUACGAUUUUGGAAAGUAUAGUAAAGAUUCAAGAUCUCAUGUCUGUGCCUGA